AAAAAGAUAUUUUGCGCUGAAACGUGCUAUUGCUGAGAGCAUGUGUUCAGGUUCAGGAGAACUUUAAUUGAAAAUUCAGUUAUUAAGAUUUUUUAAAUGUGUACAUAAAUUGAUUGUUGUAUUAGAUGCUUUACUGUGACAUUGAAAAAAAACGUUAUUAGAAAAUGAAAAGAUUCAAUGAUAUCUCCACUAUUAGUGGUGAGAAAAAAUGGUACAAGGAAUAUCCGAAGACAGAGGAACCUUGCAAACAUUCUGUAUCCGAAGUUGGUGUGUUACAACUAAAAGACGAAGGAAAAAAAUAUCUGGAUGCAGAGACUGCCAGUUUUCAGUUGAAACAAUCUAAGUCACAUGACUCAGAGACAAAAUGGUUAAAGACAGCAUUGCAGCAGGGUACUUUUUCGGAUAGAAUAGCAGCCAACAUAGUGCUGGUGCAAGAUAAUCCAAAAUAUAAUUUCAGUCGUCUAAUAUUUCUAGUCUCUCAAGUAAAAGGGGCCAAACACAGUCAGUGUAGUUUGGUCAUAACGUCUCUCAAGGAACUCUUUCUAACUGAUCUGUUGCAUCCAACUUUUAAGUUGUUAAAAUUUGAAGAACAGGAUCUAGAUAAGCUUGAGGUAGGAAAUGAAUCAAAUUCUAUUGUUAAAACAAAUGCUGCUAGAAAUAGAUUACUGGCACAUUGGUACUUUGAAGAUCAACUGCGUGAGCAGUAUGAACGCUUUGUUUUAAGUCUGUCUGUAGUAGCCACUGAUACAGUAGACAUAAAUCGUGAAAAAGCCAUAUCGGUAAUGACAGAUUUGUUGAUGGGCAAUGCUGAACAAGAACAUAAGUUAUUGGAGUUGAUUGUGAAUAAAAUCGGCGAUCCUACUAGCAAAAUUGGAUCUAAAGCUGUAGUUUGCAUCAACAAGUUAUUGCAAGAGCAUCCGAAUAUGAAGCUAGUAGUUUUGCGUGAAGUUGAGAAACUAUUGUUUAGAAAAAACGUGUCCCAACGUGCUCAAUAUUACGCUAUAUGUGUGUUGACACAAUUUUAUCUGGACAGAAACGACGACGAAAUAGCUGUUACAUUGGUAGAAGUGUACUUUGCGUUUUUCAAAGCAUGUUUGAAAAAGGGAGAACCUGACAGCAGAAUGAUGGCAGCAAUUCUAACGGGUGUUAAUAGAACAUAUCCUUUCGCUAAGAUAGAUUCAAAGGUGCUCAGCAAACACAUUGAUUCUGUUUACAAAGUGGUGCAUUUUGGGUCGUUUAAUGUCUCUCUUAAUGCACUUACCUUAUUGCACCAAAUUACAGGCAAGGACGAGUCUCAAGCAAACAGAUUUUAUUCGACUUUUUACAAAAAGUUACUCGAUCCACAAAUAGGAGUAGCAAAUAAACGCGCAAUGUUUCUUAACUUGAUAUAUCGAGUUCUUCGGAAAGAUCAAAGCGUAUUACGUCUAUACGCAUUUAUUAAAAGAAUCUUGCAAAUCACACUGUGCUUCCCCGCAAAUAUGACAUGUGCUAUGCUCUAUGUUGUCUCUAAAAUUCUUCAAGAACGCAAAGACUUGAGGCACAUCCUGCUCAAGUCACAGAAAGAUGUGAAUAAAAUCGAGAAUGUCGAUUGUGAAGGAAAAGUUGAAAACGUUUGUGAAGUAAGCUCGUCAGAUGCAGAUGUUUCUAGAAUAAAAAAUAAGAAUAAAGACGAAAACACCAUUAUGUUAUCGAACGUAACAAUUGGCGCUGACACCGCGUCAGGAUCGCAAACCGAUGUGAAGGAAGAGACCGACGUAAAAGUUGAGGAGCAAAAUGUGAAGUUGUAUGAUCCCUUUUGUCGGAAUCCACUCUACGCGGGAGUAGCCAAAGGGUUGUACACCGAGCUUGCAGCAUUGUCCAGACAUUUCCAUCCCAGUGUUGCUAUAUUCGCAAAUCAGAUAAUUCAAGGUAAACCGAUUGAGUACACGGGCGAUCCGUUGGAGGAUCUGACGUUGAUUCGAUUUUUGAAUCGGUACGUCUUUAAGAACUCGAAGAAGUCAGAAGAUAAGAAGGUGCAGAAGAAAAAUGAUCCCUUGGCAAUACGCGCCGGAUAUACACCCAAGGGUGUACGCUCCCUUCCUGUCGAUAGCGCAGCGUAUCUCAACGAAAGGGAGGAGCGAAUACCAGUGGACGAGUUGUUCCUUCAUAAAUUUUGGAAGAAAGAGAGCGAGACUAAGGACAUCAAGAAAGAAGACGAUGAUGAAGACAUGGAGAGCGUUAACAGUGAAGAGUUCAACGAUAUGCUAGAUCGUGUGGGCACCAACUACGAUUUAGACGAUUUAGACGAUUUAGACAGUUUAGACAAUUUAGACAUUGCGACAGAUAUCGCGCUUGGGAAGAAAAAAGCAGCUAAAGUGGUUGACAAGAAUAAUGAAGGUAACGAUGAUGAAUUGGGAGAUGAGGAUAUCCCUGAUGAAAAUGAUGAGAUGCUGCAAGAUUUUGACGAAGAUGACGAGCUGCAAGAUUUGAGCGAUAUUGAUGUUGAAGAUCUUGAUGAUGAGGAUCUGAGCGACAUGGAAUUUAACGAUUCCGAUGACGGAGAGGCUUUAGAUGAUGAAUUAAUUUCGAAUCUAAAUGAAAAGUUGAAGACAAAAAGUCCAAAGACCAAACAGAAUAAAAAUAAGAAAGGAAUAGAUAAUAAUAUAUUUGUAUGUGCAGAGAAGUUCGCUGAAAUGCUGGAGGAGCAAAGCAAAACGAAGGAAAAACAUGGAUAUAGUAACACUUUCAACACCAGCGACGGUGCUAGUUCCAAACAAAUAGAUUGGGAAACGAAACGGCAUGAACGGUUGAGAGGAUCGUUUGACAGAAAGAAACGGAAACCUGGUCAAUCGUCCAAUAAGCGUGCUAAAAGAUUCAAACGAUAGAUAUAUAAACAUUUUAUGGACAUAACUUUACAUCGGUUUACAAUAAGUCCUUAAUAAUUCUUUUUUAUUCUAAGGCGAUAUUAUGAACAAUAAGAAGUAAUGUACAGAACAUAUAUACUAUUAUAGUUAUUUAUAGAUUUUCAUCUCUUUUUGAGCUUGUACGUCAAAUCGUGUUAAUCAUUUAUAUAUCUCGCCAUUACAUCGUCGUUGCAACAAGUUGCUUAUGGUACAAAUAACUAAACAAAUAGUGAAACAUUGUAUUUUAAUGUGAACAAUAAUUUGUUUUAAAAUAUAAUUUACAUAAAUUAAU